CCAUUAGGAGCCGCCGGACUAUGCGAUCGCUCGCAGCCAUCGCCGCCGCCCAUUAGGGACCCCCAGCCGGCAGCAGCACCAGCAGGACAAGGACCCACCCUCCCUCACCCGCCUCCUCCUCCUCCCCGGCUCAGCUCCCGCGCAGCCUCUGGUGCCUGCAGCCCCGCACCCGACUCGGAUGCGUUGAUCCUGCGGCGAGCCCGGGGAAGGCCGGCGCGGGGGGCUGUGGUCCCGCCGGGGGUCCUCUCCGCGUCUGCGGCCGCACGUUUGCUUUUCUCGGGGGGCGGCCGGCGGUUCCUGAUCUCGCGGGGGUGGGUCGUGUCCGCCUCUUUGCCUUCCCCGCCCGCGGAGCGUCUGAGAGGGGAGCGGAGCCCGCCGAGGUUGCUUGGCCACCAUGGGAUGUACCUUGAGCGCGGAGGAAAGAGCCGCCUUGGAGAGGAGCAAAGCGAUCGAGAAGAACCUCAAGGAGGACGGCAUCAGCGCCGCCAAGGAUGUCAAGCUGCUGCUGCUGGGGGCUGGAGAAUCUGGGAAAAGCACCAUUGUGAAGCAGAUGAAGAUCAUCCAUGAAGAUGGUUUCUCUGGAGAAGACGUGAAGCAGUAUAAGCCUGUGGUCUAUAGCAACACUAUUCAGUCACUGGCAGCUAUUGUCCGCGCCAUGGAUACUUUGGGCAUUGAAUAUGGCGAUAAAGAACGAAGGGCUGAUGCUAAGAUGGUCUGUGACGUAGUAAGUCGGAUGGAGGACACAGAGCCCUUCUCUCCAGAGCUGCUGUCAGCUAUGAUGAGACUCUGGGCAGAUUCUGGAAUCCAGGAAUGCUUCAACCGGUCCCGAGAAUAUCAGCUUAAUGACUCUGCACAAUACUACCUAGACAGCUUAGAUAGAAUCGGAGCUGCGGACUACCAGCCAACAGAGCAAGAUAUCCUUCGGACCAGAGUCAAAACAACCGGCAUUGUAGAAACUCAUUUCACAUUCAAAAACCUCCACUUCAGGCUGUUCGAUGUGGGAGGUCAGAGAUCAGAACGUAAGAAAUGGAUUCACUGCUUUGAGGACGUCACAGCAAUCAUUUUCUGUGUGGCGCUGAGUGGUUAUGACCAGGUGCUCCAUGAAGACGAAACCACGAACCGCAUGCAUGAAUCACUGAAGCUGUUUGACAGUAUCUGUAACAACAAAUGGUUCACAGACACAUCCAUCAUCCUCUUUCUAAACAAGAAGGACAUUUUUGAGGAGAAAAUUAAGAAAUCUGCAUUGACAAUCUGCUUUCCUGAGUACACAGGCCCUAACUCUUUCACAGAGGCUGUGGCUUACAUCCAGUCUCAGUAUGAAAGCAAGAACAAGUCCCCCAACAAGGAGAUCUACACACACAUCACCUGUGCCACUGACACCAACAACAUCCAGUUCGUCUUCGAUGCAGUGACAGAUGUUAUCAUUGCCAACAACCUGCGUGGAUGCGGACUCUACUAAACCCUUCUUCUCUGUCUCCUCUCCCUACGUACACCUGGAAACACUCCCAUUCAGGUUGAUGGGUUUCUCUUACCCUUCCCCCACUCCCAAAAGAUAAGAUGGAGAAGAUGAUAAAAAAUUACAUAAACUCCCCUCCUUUUUCUGUCCCCAAGAACCUCUGAAGAAAGGUCUGCUUUCCCCUAGCCACCCCUUUUUAAAAAAAAUUCCUUCUGUUACACCUGUUUUCACCUUGUUCAGUUUCAGGAAUGGCAGCCAGUGUUCAUGAUACCGCAGAGGGAGCUAAAACAAUCUCUGCAUUUCAGCUGCCAAAAAAGGCUCAUUCAUGAAAACAAAAUCAAUUUCUCAGAGCUGUAUGACUAGCUUACAUCAAAAUUAAAAUCUGAAAUUUAAACACUUCUUUAUUUUCCUAAAAUUGAGGGAUAUUUUAAUUUCCAUUGUUGUUUAUGUUUUUCUUAAAUUCUCUCUGGAUACUCCAGAUGAAAGGUAAUCACUUCGGAGGCACUUUCUGGCACCAGCUUCUAUUCCAAAGUUGAAAGGGUCAAUUUAGGAAACAGAGACAAUAGUUUGAUACUGGAUUUUUUUUCUUUUAGAUAAACAUUUGGAUACGUGAAACAGCUGUAAUGAUGUUUGCUGGUGUCGCUUAAGACAGGCCCAGUAACAGAAGCUACUAAGCAUUGUAAAAUGUUUAUUACCUAUAACAGUUUUACCUCAAGUUUUCAAAAUUAACGUUAAAAUAUUUCUCUAGUAUUUUCAAUAACCCAUUCUGAUUCUACAUAUAUCUUUAUUCUCUUCACUUGAUACUGCAGAGCUACUGUACUGUAACUGGGCAACUGCUAGAUGUUCAUUUAACAACCCUCAUGUAACGAGACAUUAGCAACAAGCAUUGUUCCGAGUGAAGUUCUGAAUCGUGUACAUUUCCUGGUAUGACUAAGUAGAAACAAAAUACACAUUGGGCCCUGUU